CGACGGUGUAAAUUUGAAAAUACUUUGUGGAAAGAGAGGGAGAACAACUGAUUAAGCUUUCCAGCUAACUCGGAAUACAAAUAAUAAUCAGCCACCAUGGCACCAAGAAAAAAGACCUCGAAACAACGCAAAAACAACCCGAAAAUUGACAAGUUGGAAGCUUUCCUCGAGGAUUUCGACUGCGAGGUGAAAACGGUUGUCGAGAGACUGAAGGAGAAGAGAAAUCACCUGCUUAAAGAUGCAGACAACUGCUACAACAUGGCCCUGAUCAAGCUACCUACAGCUGUGAGGCGGAUUAACUGGUUGGAACAUUGCAAAAUGGAUAAGCCCAAAUCCCCAGUCAUAGAGGAGUCCAAGAAAGAGGAAGUGGCUGCCAAGGUGGAGAGUGUCCUGGCUGAGGUCCACACCCUGGCCACCAAAACGGUCAAGAAGUCCUCCAAGAAGAAGGGUGGAAUGAGCUCAGAGGAUGAGGAGAACACAGUCCCCAGCACUGUAAAGAGGGGAAGAACCAAGAAGCCCCCCACUACGUCCAAGAAGGCCAAAGCUCUGUCAGCCAGCAAGCAGAACACCUCCGUCACAAGGUCCAGUAGGCGGCCUCUGGUCACGCCUGCUAGGAGCAUGCUGGACUGUUCUCUCAUGGGCCCCACCCCUCUCGUCACCCCACGCUUCGACCCCAGGUUGCCCAAAACCCCGGCAGUGCGGAUCCCCCGCCACAAGGAGAGGGUGUACAGCAUAUCUGUCAACGGCUCGCCCGUCGCCGCGGGGGGCGAGGAAAUCGUCAUUAACGUCCCAAUCGGGAAUGGAGAGUCUAUUCAGCUUCUGGCCAGUCAGAUGGACACAGUAGAUCUGAGUCAGCUGGACGAGACGGCCAUACACAGUAUCCGUCUGCUGCAGAACCGCCUCACAUCACUGUGUGGACCCUCUGUUUAACCAACCACCUGCCCCGGUUGCUUUUAUACAAGCCUUAUUGGUUGAAGAUUUUAAUUCCCCCCCCCCCCCCCCCCCCCCCCCCCCCCAGAGAUUUUUGAAUCCUUCACGUUCUUUUCCAUAUACAUAUUUCCUAUCUUUGUAUCUCAUGUAAUUCUUAAGUUACAUUUGUAGAUAUCUGACCUGCAUCAUGAUGUUUUAUUUGUUCUUAUGCUGUUUUAGUGAAAGGGAAUGUGGUUUGUAAGACUUUUUAGAACACGGGUAAAUAGUUUAACUCGUCUAGAUGAUUUGGUCUGUGGGAGACACACACAGAUGGAUGUCACUUGGCAACUGCAUGCGUAAAAAGAAAUUCAGUCUUCUUUAUGGUGACGCUUUUAUUCUCUUUAGGUGUACUUUUGUAAAUAAAUCUCAAUCACAUCUCAGCUAAGAGUCCAGUUACAGUAAGACUUUAAAGUACUUUUAUUGGUUGAUCACAUGGAAAGCUGUACUUGGGAGUUUUUCAGUCAUGCUUUAUAAUAUUUACCAUACUACGUUCAUUGCAAAGCUUUCUAAUCUUGGUCCUGGUCUUUGUCAAGACACAAUUUGUUCCUUGUUUUCUGUAAAUAUUCAUUAUAGUUUAAUACAUUUUGUUGGACCUGG